CACCCAGCCUGCUGCUGCCUUGCCCCUUCAGAUUUCAGUGGUGAGAGGAAGUGGUAGCUAUCAUGUCUGUAAUAAAAGAUGUAUUUGACUGCGAAACACUCAUAACAGAGGUAGAGAAGAGACCACCUCUUUAUGAUUUCCAGCUGAAGGAAUACAGCGAUAAGAAUAUAAAAGAGAAGUUGUGGCGUGAGGUGUGUGAGGCUGUGGUGAGCGAUUGGAAUAUUCUCUCCCCUGAGGAUAAAAAAGAAAAAGGAAACCAGCUACAGCGAAGAUGGAAAAAUCUCCGUGAAUGCUUCAGGAGGGCGUUAAAGGAUCAAAAAGGCAGGUCAGGAGAUGGUGCCGCUAAGAAAAGGAAGUAUGUUUACUUUGAUCAGCUCCUAUUCCUUGCACCAACUUUUAACGAGCGAGAAACCACAGGUAACUACUCAGCACCGGAGGGUAAUGAUAAGGAGGAAGAACGUGAACAAGGCGACACACCAAGUAAUUCUGCAAACGUGAAUAACGCACAAAGACCACAUAAACCACGAAAAAUCCAAGGAGCUUCCAACAACAGAUAUGAAGAAGAACUACUUGAAAUAUUAAGAGGAAAGACUAAAGAAAAUUGUGAUGAGGAUACAGCCUUUGUAAUGUCACUAAUUCCGAAAUUUAAAAAGUUCAAUGAUGAGCAAAGAUUUGAAGCACAGAUAGAAAUAAUGAAAGUGAUGAGAAGAGUACAGAUGAUGACACAGAUUCCAUCUACUGCUUAUCAUGGCAAUAUGCCCUCUACAAGCACUUGUCAACCGUACGUUGCUGUACCAGGUAUGUCUCUGAACACCCAAAGAUAUCUGCCUACAAGUGGUAUGCAUCACAUGCAUCAGCACCAGAUACGUGAAGGUCACCACUCAACUCAAGAAUUUGUACAUACUCCUGGAUACCUUCACAACCAACCUUAUCAACCUCAGCUACAUCAUUCACAAGAAAAUCGCGAAUUUCAACAGUCGGCAUCAAAUAUCACCACCACAGCUUCGUCACCAGCAUCAGAAUAUUCUUUGAACUCAGGUGACACCGACCUAUUAGAACUGUCAUAA